AGACAGCCGUGUCUCAACUGCGUCAAAGCAGGGAUACCCUGCGUUUUCCCAAAGCCUGCAAGAAACUUACGCAGGGUUCGCGAGUCACCAGGAACCGACAUUUGGUGCCGACUGAAACAACUAGAAGAUCUUGUUCGUGACCUUCAGCAUCCCAUCUACUCGGACGUGGAGGCCAUAGGAUCUACCGCGGCUGGCAGUGGCCAAGCAACAAUCAUUGAAAAAUGCCCAUAUCUUGAGACAGAUCCACGCGUGAUGCCACAGAAAUACGGCACCCAUGAGGAGUUCGGGCGGCUCGUGGUUGAUCAUGGAUGCGGUCGCUAUAUAAGUAAUCGGCUAUGGGCGAGUCUCAGUGACCAGAUCGACGAGCUGCAUGAGCUGCUGGAGCCGUCGUAUAGUGCUGGUGAAUAUCUAUCCCCGGACAGUAGCCGACCAAAUAAUCAUUACCACAACGACUGCUUCCUCUUCGGGUUCAACUCUGUUGCGCACACCCUAGCGAAUUAUCAUCCGUCAGCGACACAGAUAGCUGUUCUGUGGAAUAAGUAUCAACAGAAUGUGGCUCCACUCGUGAUGGUUCUACACCCGGAGACCGUAAAUAUGGCGUUUCAGUGCUAUCAAGUUUGUCCGGAAGUCUUGGAUGAGGUUUCAGAGUGUAUGCUGUUUGCCGUGUAUUUCUCAGCUGCUGCCAGCAUGAGCGAACAGGAAUGUCUUGUGGAGUUUGAGGAUACCAAAGAAGCAGUAAGAAGUCACUUCCGAUUUGCUAUAGAGCAGGGGUUUGUAAAGGCAGGUUUGACGACGGCGAAGAAUCUGAAUUUACUCCAGGCUGCUGUUCUCUACCUGAAGAGCCUACGUUCGCUCGGAGAGACGCGAUUUGCCUGGUCUAUGACUUCUCUUGUUGUCCGUCUUGCCACUGGCCUGGGCUUACAUCGUGACGGUUCCACAUUUGGCCUGGAACCAUUCGAGGUCGAGAUGCGCCGUCGUCUGUGGUGGUGCAUCUGCAUACUCGACAUUGAAACUGCAGAAGAUCAGGGCACAGAUCCAAUGCUGCACGACGUCUUUUACGACACUCGUCUUCCGUUGAAUAUCAACGACGACGAUGUCGACCCGUUCGUGAAGGACUUACCGCAAGAGCAAUCUGGCUUUACAGAUUUAACUUACUUUCUCUUGCAAUGCGAGGUUGCGUUGGCUACACGCCGACUGACUUAUCACCUUCCCGGAAGUCCCUGCCCUGCCCUGCAAUCAAUCGAAGAGCGUCGAUCUCUUGUUGAAGACCUGGACAGACGCCUAAAUGAGCGAUAUGUGCGCCAUCUCGAUCCUAAUUCUGCCCUCCAGUCGGUUUGCAUAAAGCUUGUCCGCAUAUCUAUUGCGAAGCUGUCACUGAUCAUACAUCAACCCCUGGACAAAGACCAAAAGAUACCUCAUGAUGUACGAGACAAGAUCAUUUCUCAUGCAAUCGAAAUGAUUGAACUAAGCCAUACCCUGCAUAUGGAUGUCAGGCUCGCAAAGUGGAAAUGGGAAUUCCAAACGCACAUACCUUGGCACGCACUUGCAUUUGUCCUAUCUGAGAUGUGCUGCGGCAGAGAAAGCUCAAUACUGGAGCGUGCGUGGCCCUCGAUAAGCACGAUCUUCAAAGAGUGGCAACGAGACGCAAUCAGCCAGAGCAGAACCAUCUGGCAGCCCUUAUCAAAACUGAUGGUCCGGGCAACAUAUUGCCGAAGCAAACAA